GUGAGAACGCUGUUAAAGCAUCAUUGUUGAUUUUGUAUUACUGGGCUCUGGAGGCUGGUGAACAGAAAAUGGCUGCCACGUUUAACUGGUUUCUUGUAUUGAGCUCUGUGUUUUUAUGCAACCUUGUUAAAUCUUUUCUGCCUUCGAUUUCUUCAUUUCUGUCAAGGAUCUUUCAGAAAGAUGCUGAACAGGAGAUGGAGAUGCGGACAGAGAUCCAGAACAUGAAGAUGGAGCUUUCUACCAUCAGUAUAAUGGAUGAGUUUGCCAGAUACGCUAGACUGGAGCGGAAGAUCAACAAGAUGACUGACCAGCUAAAGACUCUUGUCAAAUCAAGAACUGCACAGCAGGCAAAAAUGAAGUGGAUUGUGAAUAUUGCAUUCUACAUUCUUCAAGCAGUGCUAAUGAUCUCACUUAUAUUGAAGUAUUAUGCAGACCCAGUUACUGUGGUGCCUAGUAAAUGGAUUUCUCCGCUUGAGAAACUAGUAGCCUUUCCAUCUGGAGUCACAGGUGGUGUUGGAAUCACAUGCUGGCUAGUUGUCUGCAACAAGGUGGUUGCCAUUGGUCUACAUGCUGUCAGUUAAACAGAGUUGCCUCAAUUAUUUCAGUGUUGUCUCAUCAUGUGCAGUGACUGGAUUUUUGAUACUUGUUUGAAGUUUCUUUCAAGCUCCAUGAAAUGUAUUUGUUUUUUAAAUACUGGUCAUAACAGGUCUGUAGUAAAUUGUUUUUAGAAAAACGAUAUUAUUUUAUUAA